ACGAGAAAGUCAACCACAUCAAGUCAUGUUUAAUUUAGCAUUAGCCCUGUUGUUUUCGUGGAUCGUAUUUUUGACGGGAAUGAAGCAGACUGGUAAUCACGUGGGUUGUAUUGUUGUAGCGGUCUUGUUACAUUAUUUCAUAAUGGCGUCCUUCAUGUGGAUGUUAGUGGAAGGCAUAUUACAAUAUUUUCUGUUUGUAAAAGUUCUAGGAACUUAUGUAAGAAAGUUUAUGCUUAAGGCAACAAUUCUAGCCUGGGGUUUACCAGUUCUACCAGUUGUGAUCAUGUUAUCUAUUGAUGUAGAAUUGUAUAACGGUGGUGAAACAUAUUGUUGGAUGGGACUACAGGGAUUGUAUUAUGGUUUUGCUCUACCUCUUGGUUUGAUUAUAUUGGCUAAUAUUAUCAUCUAUAUCAUGGUCACGCGCAGUAUCUGUAGCAGAAAAAAUCUCAACACCACAGACCUACAACACUCAGUUGCCAACACCAGAGCUUCGUUCUGCUGUUUCAUUUAUUUAGGAUUAACCUGGGUUUUUGGAUUUUUGGCAAUAUCAGAUGCUCGUCUGGCGUUUCAGUACAUCUUCACAGUACUCAACUCUCUACAAGGCUUUCUGAUAUUUAUACUAUUCACUGCCAGAGAUAAGAAAGUCAGAGAUUACUGGAAACAACGUUGCUGUUCCUACAAAACCUGCAGGAGAAGAGCACCAAAUCCUUCAAACACCACCACUUCUUUAUAAGGGUGAUUUUCAAUUUAACUGAUA